AUGGAAUUUCAAGACAAAGUAAUAUUAAUAACUGGUGCUAGUUCAGGCAUAGGUGCUACUACUGCAAUCAACUUUUCGAGGCAAUCUGCGAAAUUAGCUCUUGUUGGCCGAAGGGAAAAUAAGUUAAAAGCAAUCAGUUCAUAUUGCCAAAAAGCGACAGGUAUAGAGCCGUUAAUUAUUGUAGCUGAUGUCACAGAAGAUUUAGAUGUAGAAAGAAUCGUAAAAGAGACUAUUGAUCAUUAUGGCAGAAUAGACGUUUUGAUAAACAAUGCUGGCAUUAUCGCUAUGGGUGGUUUAAAAAACUCAAACAUGGAUGACUACGAUAAAGUUAUGUCGACAAACAUGAGAUCUGUUUACUAUUUAACAAUGCUCUCCACUCCGCACUUAGUUGAAAGUAAAGGUUGUGUGGUUAAUGUGUCCAGCAUAGCUAGUAGUAUGCCCAGUACAAUGGCAAUAGCAUACAACGUGUCUAAAGCGGCAAUCGACCACUUUACAAAGUGCGCAGCGUUGGAGUUAGCGCCUGAUGGAGUCAGAGUUAACUCUGUAAACCCAGGCUUCGUGAAAACUAAUUUAUUAAAAAAUUUGGGGCUAAACGAAGAUCAAUUGGAUUUGCUAUCAAAAAAUAUGGUCGGUAGGUGUCCGUUAAAGAAGGAAAUAGAAGCAGAAGAAGUAGCAAAUCUGAUUGCAUUUUUAGCGAGCGACAAAGCUAAAAGUAUUACUGGAUGUAAUUACGCUAUCGACGCGGGAAGACUUCUUAAUUCGUAA